AGAGUCCAAAAUUAUUUAACUCACGUUUUACGAAAGCGAACGCAUAUCGGCGCUGCUCGCUUUGCUGAAUUUCCCUAAAACCCUGCCAGAAGAGUGCAGAUAAGGAAGUAAGGGAAGAAGAAAGAGCUUGCCUACUGCAAUUUGUGAUGGUGGAAGUUUGGUGGUCCCUUCUUGGGGCUGCCAUCCCAGCAGUUAUUGCAGGGCAAGCUUUUAGAAUGAAGAAGAGGCGUGCUGAAGAACAAAGAAUUAAGAGUGCCAGGGGAAGGGAGAAAUCAUCGGAUGAUAUUUUUGUCUGUGAGAGAGUCUGCACAUCAAAGAGAAUGUUGAAGAAGGUUGGGGCAUUUUCAAAAGAUCCAAUUCGCGACACUUGUGUAACUGUAUGUGGUGUGUCUGAGCUUGAUGCUUGCUCUGAUGCUUGUGCUCGUACUGUUUGUGUCAACCAACAUCAAGUACCCAACUGGAAUGACAUUUGCCUUCGAAGGUGUCAGAGUGAAUGUCUUAGACUCUCUGCUUCCCAUUCUUCUUAGUAUAAUUUUCUUCAGGUUCGAAGGUGAUACUUUUAGUGGUCAAUUAUAAGCCGAUUGUCAGAAUGGAUCCUUGUUUGGCAAGUGGUGAUUGAAGGUUGCUUGACCUUUUUUUGUACAUUGUUCUGCCUUUUUCUGGUCUUCUGUGCUGGGAUGGUUGAUCUGCCAUGUCCUGAAUUGUAUUAGUCCUUGCAAUUUUUGUUCCUUGCGACAUGCUUAAUACUGUGAUGGUCUCUCUCUCACUCUGCCUUUAUUCUUGUGUUGAAUCGAGUGACUUUAUGAUCUUUCAACCAAA